AUGUCCAUGCAAAGGUGGAAUCAAAAGGUGAUGACUAGCUGAGAUACCAUUUGGCUGUUUAUUGAAUGUUGCUUUCACCUCCUUUUCAGAAGACACAUCAGCUUCAUGGAGACAGAAAACCACACAGAAGUAUCAGAAUUCCUCCUCCUGGGUCUCUCAGAUGAUCCUAAACUUCAGCCCCUACUCUAUGGAGUGUUCCUGUCCUUGUACCUGUUCACCAUGCUUGGAAACCUGCUCAUCAUCCUAGCCAUCAGCUCAGACUCCCACCUGCACACCCCAAUGUACUUCUUCCUCGCCAACCUGUCCUUGGUUGACAUCUGUUUCACCUCCACCACCAUCCCAAAGAUGUUGGUGAAUAUCCAGGCACAGAGCAAAAACAUUUCCUACAUUGAAUGCCUCAUUCAGGUGUACUUUUUUAUGGUUUUUGCCGGAAUGGACAAUUUUCUCCUGACUGUGAUGGCCUAUGACCGCUAUGCGGCCAUCUGCCAACCUUUGUACUAUACGGUCAUCAUGAAUCCACACUUCUGUGGUGUCCUGGUUAUAAUGUCUUGGCUCAUCAUUUUAUGGGACUCCCUGAUUCAUAUUCUACUGAUGAGGAGGCUGACCUUCUGUACAGGCACUGAAAUUCCACAUUUCUUCUGUGAACUGGCUCAGAUCCUCAAGGUGGCCUGCUCUGACACCCUCAUCAAUAUCAUCUUCUUGUAUGUGGCCACUGCCCUUCUGGUUGUGUUUCCUCUCACUGGAAUUCUCUUUUCUUACUCUCAGAUUAUCUCCUCUUUAAUGAGAAGAUCCUCUGCAAAAGGAAAAUAUAAAGCAUUUUCCACCUGUGGGUCUCACCUCACUGUGGUCUCCCUGUUCUAUGGGACAGGCCUAGGGGUCUACCUCAAUUCUGCUGUGACCCAUUCUCCCCUACAAAAUUCAGUUGCCUCAGUAAUGUACACAGUGGUCACUCCCAUGCUAAAUCCCUUCAUCUAUAGCCUGAGGAACAAGGAUGUGAAGGGGGCCCUGAGAAAGCUCCUGAACCCAAAAGCAUCUUGUCUCUGA